CCCGACCUUGCCCAUCCUUCCACUUUGAAACGAGUGGAAGCUGAGAGCUUCCUCUGAUCCUUCUAUAUUGAUUGGUCUUGCCAGUGACAGUCCCUCUAGGAUCUCUCCCUUUUUCUCUUGGCAGGUCACCUGGAGCCGGGGAGCUGGCCCAGCUCUCUGGAGAUUCAGCAGCCCCUGGCCUCGGUGGUGAAGGAGACAGUGGUAGUCAAUGUUAUUUGAGCGGGCUCAGCAGGCCCUGGAGCUUCCUGAGUGCACCAUGCAGAAGGCUGCCUACUAUGAGAACCCAGGACUCUUUGGAGGCUACGGUUACAGCAAAGCCACCGACGCUUAUGGCUACAGCACUCCUCACCAGCCUUACCCACCCCCUGCCGCUGCCAACUCCCUGGACAGUGACUACCCAGGUUCUGCCUGCUCCAUCCAGAGCGCGGCACCCCUCAGAGCCCCAGUCCAUAAAGGAGCCGAACUCAAUGGUAGCUGCAUGCGACCUGGCACUGGGAACAGCCAGGGCGGGGGUGGUGGCAGCCAACCUCCAGGUCUGAACUCAGAGCAGCAGCCGCCACAACCUCCUCCUCCACCACCCACCUUGCCCCCAUCCUCGCCCACCAAUCCCGGAGGUGGAGGGCCUGCCAAGAAGACCAAGGGGGGGCCUAAUGCAUCUGGCUCUUCAGCCACCAUCAGCAAGCAGAUCUUCCCUUGGAUGAAAGAAUCCCGGCAGAAUUCGAAGCAGAAGAACAGCUGUGCCACUUCAGGAGAGAACUGCGAGGACAAGAGCCCCCCGGGCCCAGCAUCCAAGCGGGUGCGCACAGCGUACACGAGUGCUCAGCUGGUGGAGCUGGAGAAGGAAUUCCACUUCAACCGCUACCUGUGCCGGCCGCGCCGCGUGGAGAUGGCCAACCUGCUGAACCUCACCGAGCGCCAGAUCAAGAUCUGGUUCCAGAACCGCCGCAUGAAGUACAAGAAGGACCAGAAGGCCAAGGGCAUCCUGCACUCACCGGCCGGCCAGUCCCCAGAGCGCAGCCCACCUCUUGGAGGAGCGGCGGGCCACGUGGCCUACUCCGGCCAGCUGCCGCCGGUGCCCGGCCUCGCCUACGACGCACCCUCGCCACCCGCUUUCGCCAAAUCGCAGCCCAACAUGUACGGCCUGGCCGCCUACACGGCGCCGCUCAGCAGCUGCCUGCCGCAGCAGAAGCGCUACGCGGCUCCCGAGUUCGAGCCCCACCCGAUGGCGAGCAACGGCGGCGGCUUCGGCAGCGCCAACCUGCAGGGCAGCCCCGUGUACGUGGGUGGUAACUUCGUCGACUCCAUGGCGCCCGCAUCCGGGCCGGUCUUCAAUCUGGGCCACCUCUCGCACCCGUCUUCGGCCAGCGUGGACUACAGCUGCGCCGCGCAAAUCCCCGGCAACCACCACCACGGACCGUGCGACCCUCACCCCACCUACACAGAUCUCUCGGCUCACCACUCGUCUCAGGGACGCCUGCCCGAGGCCCCCAAACUGACACAUCUGUAGCGGUUGCCGCCGGCCUGGUAGCUCGGCGCAAUUACCUCUCUGGUUUUGGUGGCAGGGGUGGUGGCGGGGCGGGGCCCGAGGGGCAGCUCGGGGGACCCCCCCCUCCCCGAUCUGGUCUGGCCGCUGCCUCAUGAGUCUCGGGCUUCCAGCGGCCGAGGCUGAUACGACUGGGCCUCCCCUCCAGGCGCGUCCUCCUUUGGGUGACUCGCCAUAAAUCAGCCGCAAGGAUCCUCCCCUGUAAACCUGACAGUGCCAUAUACUGCGGACCGAGGGACUCUAAUCUGGUAAUGGUGUCCCUAAGGUAAGUCCGAGACCCAUCCUUGGCGAGUCCUGAAGAGGGACUAGGGCCUGGAGAAUCCCGGGCCUGGCCCCUCCGUCUAGCUUAGUUUCAGAGACCUUAAUUUAUAUGCUCCUUCUCCUCCUGUAAAGAUUGCAUUGGACUAAACAAUCUGUAUUUAUUAUUUGAAGCGAGUAAUUUCGUUUCCCUGAUUAUUUAUCCUCGUCUUAAUGUAUUUAUGUGUAUAUUUGUAGAAUUCUCCAGACGGGCCUAGGUACGCGCUCCCAGGCCUUGGGGGCCACAUUUCACCUCUUUAGUCCCCUUGGUCUGAACUAGUUGAGAGAGUAGUUUUGAACAGUUGUAACCGUGGCUGGUGUUUGUAGUUGAUGUAAAGGAUUGAGAUCAUAAAUGGUCCUUCAUGGGUAGAGUCAGGCAGCCCGGUGUCAUAGCACGGCUCACGGUAGCCGUUUCUCAACAGCCGAAGCCCUCACCACUGACACAGCUUAUUGAUUUCAAAUUGUCUGGUACUAUUUGAACAAACAAUUAGAAUAAAAAAAUUUUCUCAGUUGGAA